AUUUCCAAGGCCUGGCCAUCUUCUCUGACUUGUUUCUGUGCCCUUGUGCAAAAGAUGUCAGGAAACACAACUAUUAACUCAAUCGACCUUCACUCAGCUCCUCUAAGUUUGUUUCUAGGUAGCAUUUCACUGGUCACUGUUGUCAUGAAUAUAUUAGUACUCUGUGCUGUGAAAACUGAAAAGAAGCUGCAAACAGUAGGCAAUAUAUACAUUGUCAGCCUUUCUAUUGCAGAUCUUAUAGUUGGUGCAGCUGUUAUGCCACUGAAUAUUGUUUAUCUUGUAAAUGGCAYGUGGAUUCUGGGCAUACCAACCUGUUUGUUCUGGUUGUCAAUGGAUUAUGUGGCCAGUACUGCAUCCAUCUUCAGUCUCUUCGUAUUGUGCAUAGACCGUUAUCGUUCAAUUCAGCAACCACUGAAGUAUCUCAAAUAUAGAACAAAAAUGAGAGCAUCCUUAAUGAUUUUUGGAGCUUGGUUUCUGUCUUUCAUGUGGGUCAUCCCAAUUCUAGGCUGGCAUGUGUUUGGUAAGGGAGAGGAAAGAACACAGAACACAACCAAAUGUGAAAAGGAAAAUAUUCAGAAUAUAACCAAGUGUGAAACUGAUUUCUCUAAAGUCACAUGGUUUAAACUGUUUACAUCCAUUGUCAAUUUCUACAUGCCUUCUAUCAUCAUGCUAUGGCUCUACUUGAAAAUAUUCAAGACUGUCAGAAAACAUUGUCAGCAUCGACAGCUCUCCAAUGGAUCAUCACAGUCUUUCUCAGAAAAUAGAAGCAUAAACCCUAGCAAGACAAAGACGUGUCCCCGAAAGCAAAUCUUAGAUGAAAAUAUCCUUCCCAAAAACAAGCACAACUCCACUCAGCCUAAAAAARUGGAGGCAAUACUUCAUUUAGGCGAUACCAACAAGUCUGCAAAGGCUUUUGAUAGCAGAAGGAACAGCAAAGUUUUCAAAUGGAACCGUUUCCCUCUCACCACUGCCCAGUCUAAGCCAGGCCUAGAUAAAGCAGGAAACAAGUAUGUGUGUAUUGUAAAGGAGGAUCAGAAGGAAGAGGAGCUGUGCUCACAGGAAAGUGACUUAAGCAAUGCAUCAAUUGACCAGACUUCUGCAGAAACAGCUCCCUGUAGAAAUGAUUCUAACCCUAACCCCAAAGGUGCCUGCGGUCCUCAGGGAAAGACUGGGGAUAAGGAUGUCACAGGACUGACUUACCUGAAGAAAACAUGGCAAAGACUGCAUAGCCAUUCCAAAAGCCACAUUAAAAGACUGUAUGUGAACAGGGAGAGGAAAGCAGCUAGGCAGUUAGGAGUCAUAAUGGCAGCCUUUAUUUUGUGCUGGAUUCCCUAUUUUAUAUUAUAUACAACUAUAGCUUUCCAUAGUUGUAAAGAAUUCCCCAAAUUACACAUGUUGACUAUAUGGCUUGGCUACCUGAACUCCACUUUAAAUCCAUUCCUCUAUCCUCUUUGUAAUGAGAAUUUCAAGAAGACCUUCAAAAAGAUCCUUCACAUUCACUGAUAGUGUAGCUUUGGACUGAUUUUUCUGAAAAAAAGGAAGUUGCUAAGUUGCACCAAACAAAACAUUCCACUUUCAAAAACAACCACCAYGGACAAAGUAGGUGCCUUUGGAAAACUGUAAUUCAUAAACAAGUGCUGGUAAAAGUAGGAAACGUGCAUAUAAUAGAUUUAGCAUGUUUGAAGACAAGCUAUUUUCAUUCAGGAAAACUUAAAACUGGUGGCCAAUCUCAGAACUGCUGCACUAUUGUUAUGUACUUUACAGUUUGAGGUUUCCUCUUUCAGCAUGUAAAACAAAAACUGAAAACAGUAAUAGAGAUCUUCAGUGAUUAUAGAAUAUUCAACCGUGGAAAAGGAAGAUAUAGAAUAUGGUUUCUGUGAUGGGCCAAAUAACUAUGGUUUUCUUUUUUAACUUACUUGGSUAGACAGAUCUCUUAAAAAAGGUAUUUUGCAAAGACAAAAUGUAAGCUCCAACUUCU